GCUGUUAACCACCCUUAGUUUUAAAACUAGAUUAUUUAUCAGUUUAUUCAUCAAUCACCAGUCCCUUAUACAAAUGUUGAAUUGUGGUGUUGAUGUUAUGUAAAAGUAAAGCUGAUCCCGUUUGUAAACCAGGAGCUAGAGCUUGUGUAGAGCGUGUUAGCAUUGCUAGCUAAAUUAGCUACCUUUGUUGGUUGCUAGCUAGCUAGUUCUCUUUGCUUUGUUAGCUAACUAGCUCAAAUGCUAAUUCUAGCUAGUUCAUGUUUUGAUUCGCCAUUGCGUUUAUUAAUUGUAUUGCCAGAUACAUUAGCUACUUGGUUAGGUACAUGUCAUGCUUAAUACACCGUGUUAAUUUCCAUUUUGUCGUGAUAAACCAACGCCUGAUGAGCUUCCCAGCUCAGACCCAGCUAAUAUUAGCUAACUUACGAUAUUGUAGCUGACAAGCAGUUUUGUGAUUACAGCAGCUAAACGUCAGCAGCUAAACGUUAGCUAAAUAUAUUUUUUUCCCCGUUACGUUAAGCAGAUGAACACAGAAAGAGAGGGGUUGAAGAUUUGAUCCAUUUUACAAGCUAAUAUGUUACAAGUUGUCAACAACAUUAUGCUUUGACUUUGUGGUUAGGGAGUGGAUCUCAGAAUAUUGUUAACGAUAGACUAUGGUUUGUGUUCUUCAGCUGCUGUGUUCUGGUCAUAAAGAUUAUUGUUAAAUUGGUCCAAGAACUUCGCAAUCAGAGUUGGAACGGAUGUAGAUUUUUCAGUGUGUACUACUACUACUACUGUAACAUUUUGAUUUCACUCACACCUUCCCUAUCGCGACAUGAGCAGUACAGUAAGUACAACACAGAGGAAAAGAAGGACUGGAGUCCCUUCAAAUUCCAGACGCACGACCAAGAGUAGCAGAGUCACCACAACCAGUGUGCGACCUCGUGCUGCAGCAUCAGCAGCAGUCCCAGAGACCAUUGAUGUGCUGGAAAGCAGCAGGACUGAGAGUGAGGAGGUGGUGGACUUGACAUGUGAAGGUUCUGAGUUGACUGUGGUUGACUUGACCAGCAAUGAUUCUGUGGUGGUUGUCGAUGAAGGGCCUCAUGGCAGACGUGAAGCUGACAGUGAGAGUUAUGUACUGAGCAGUGAUGAGGAGGAGGAUACUAAUGGAGGCCUCAGUGCCGACCUCCUGUCCUCUCUACAGGCCAGCAGUAGAGCCAGGUCUACUCCAGGGACAGUCAGCUGCCCAGUGUGUAUGGACGCCUAUGCUGAGAUCAUUGAAAGUGGGAGGCUAGUAGUCUCCACAAAAUGUGGUCACCUGUUCUGCAGUCACUGCCUCCGCGACUCACUGUUGAGAUCCCACACUUGCCCAACCUGUAGAAAGAAACUGACCCACAAGCAAUGCCACCCCAUAUAUAUCUGACAUCAAACAUCCAUAAGACUCACCCAUUGGUUUCACCCUCACCAAACCUGCAAAACCUUUAAUUAUACCUUCUCAUAUCACUGCCCCCUACUGGAUUUAAGAAUAAUUUACACAUUUACAUACACAUCGGACCGAUUUUGUCUUCUGCAAUGAAAGAAGCAGGAGCAUAGGGACGCACUCUUAUGCCAGCGCACAUUCACUUAGAUUUUUGUAAUUUUCUUCCACUGAUUAAGCUAAAAAAAAAGUUUUUAGCUCUUUUAAGAAGCCUGCCACUCAAGUGCAAUGAGAACUCAACUCGAAAGUAGAAAUGUCUGUCGAUUUUUAUUGCUGCUGAGUAGGUGGAUGUCUGAACGUUGGGUGUUGCUUGAAUCUGGUCAUCACCAUUGUAAAUAUUGUUCUAUGUUUUGUAUAUAUGGUUGAAUGACAAGUUAAGGUGCGCCUAAUCUGUAAGGUUCAAUAAAGGAAAUGUAUGAUUGUAAA